AUGGCAGAAGCUUUAACAGAACGUGAAUUGAGGAGGAUAUUAAGAGAUAGAAAAAGAGAAAGACAGAUGCAGGAGGAAAAGGAGGAAAGAGAAAGGAAACGACUUGAAGAAUUAGAAAGGAUUGAACAUCGAACGAUACAACGACAAUUUGAUGCAGAUGAUUUUGAACUUGACAUGGAAAAUAUAAAUCAACAAGAAAGUGAUAAAGAAAGUGAAUUAUCUGAUUUGAACACAAUCGAUGAAUUCCUACAUGCUACAACAUUACACGAUAUCCAAGACUUGGAGAAUAAUGAGCCACAAAAUUUAGUACAGCCAAAAGAUCAAAAUAGAUCAUUGGAAAGUAACUUUGCAUUUUUAGAUGACCACAUAGAGAUGCUAGAUAAAGCUUUAGAUGAUAUAAGAGAUCAGAGAGAUUAUACAAAUAAAGGAUAUGUUAGAACAGACAGUAUUUUGGAUAGACAUGAAAUUUUAAACACAACAGGUCAAGGAAUGAAAGAUAUAAAAGGGACUAGAAAGUUAACUGAAUACAGUGACAAUGCAUCGGACAAAAGUAUUACUCGGAUGAAAAGUUAUAGGAGUGGACAAAGUGUGAGGAGUUUGGAUAUGAAAUUGAAUGAAAUUAAAAGUGAAAAUGAGGAGAUUAGAAGUCAGAGAAGUUCUAUUGAAAGGGAAAGUUUAAAGCUCAGGAAAUUACAAGAAGUUGAAAGUAAGAAGCAGAAGUUAUUUGUAGAAAAUCAAAGGAGGUUACAGGCUGAAAUUGAGAAUAAGAGAAAAGCUGAAAAAGAAUUGAUAGAGAGAAUCAAACUAUUAGAAGAUCAGGAACUAGUUUUGAAUAGGAAAAGAUAUGAAAAUGAAAUGCUUGAGAAGGAGAUUCAAGAUAACAGAAAAGAGGAUGAUACACUUAGCACAAAGAUAAAAUUGUUAAAAGAAAAAGAAAAGCUACUGAAAGAAAGACUACAAAGAACAGAUGCAAAUCAAUUACAGACAAGAAAAGAACGACUGAAAAGAAUGGAAAUUAAAGAUAAUGGAACAGAAUAUAAUAAAGAAGAAAGUUUUGUUCGACAUAACUAUACAGAGAAAUGCCGACAAAAAGACAGCGACUAUCCGAUGUUUAAACUUGGACCACCGAAGAAACCUCAUUUCAAUGGCAAGGAUUUUGAGCAGUGGGAGAUGGAGAUAUUUUGUUUAUUAAGAACCCAGAUGUAUCCGGACUAUGCUAUUGUGCAAGCUAUUCGACACUCCUUGAUUGGAGAUACACGACAAGUAUUGUUGACAAUUAAACCAACCGCAUCAGCAAAAGAAAUUCUGGAAAAGAUAAGAGAAAUCUACGGUGAUAUUAAGACAGGAGACAAAGCUGUUCAAAACUUUUACUCAGCAACGCAAAAGGAAGGAGAAUCAUGUUCUGCUUGGGGAAUUAGAGUAGAAACCUUAUUUCAGAAAGCUGUAGAAAAGGGAGAAAUAAGUGAGAGUAAAAAAGAAAGUAAACUUAAAGAACGCUUUUGGAGAGGAUUAUAUUCUGAAAAACUUAAGAAUGCCACAAGAGUGUCGUAUGAGUCAACAGAUACGUUUGAAAAAUUAAGACGAAAGGCAAGGCUAGAAGAAGAAGAGAAUUUAUCAACUCAAGUGAAAGCAAAUAUUAACCAACAGAAAGAGACAGAUGAAAAAUUAACUAUUCUUCAAGAGCUUCUUGAUCGAAUGAAAACAUUAGAGGCCGAUGUUGGAAAACUUAAAGGUCAAGAUCAAAAUUAUACAUAUAGAGGAGGAUACCAGCCAAGAUUUAACAGCAGAUAUAGAGUUUCAAAUAGAGGAAGAGGUUUUAGAAGGAACGAAAGUAACCAACAAGAGUCAACAAAGUAUGACCGAAGUCUUUCAGAGAAGAAAGAGCCAAAUGAGAGUAAAGAAACAAGUAAAGCCAAUUUAAACGAGAAGGAGCUUCUAUCGACGGGCAAGAUGGAAGCAAAGAAGUAA